CGUGCGGGCGACAGUCAGUGCAUCGCAGGCGUUCUGCCCGGAGUGUAAACCACAUGUAGGAAUACCGAGAGCUAGAAAUGGUAUGGUUACAAGAGAAGAACAACUCAAAGCAACAUCGUGACGUCACGAGUACGUAUCUUCAGCAUGCUGUGAGGCAGCCAUCUACGUCACAACUACGUCGACCCUUCAUUGGCCAGUGAUGCUUCGAGACCAUGUGUGCCAAUUUGCUACUGCACCUAGCAAUUGUCAUAGCACUCUGCAUAUAUUGUGAGAUUGAAGGUGUCCAGAUCACAGGCCUGUUUGUGCCUCACGAGGUCCAGAAUGGCAGCGACCACGUGUUGUUGGACUGCGAGUACUCUCUACGACCUGAGGAGUUACAACCGACGUCAGGCCUGGUCGUCAAGUGGUUCUAUAACAACAGUCCGGCACCUGUGUACCAGUGGAUCCCUGGCAACAAGCCCCAGGACCUCGGUGUCCUCAAGGGCCGUCUCAACCUGGAGCACCGAGCCUCACAGCACAACGGCACGGCCCACCGCGCCCUCUACAUCCUUCAGCCUACCACGGACCUGUCCGGGGAGUACAAGUGUGCAGUUUCCACCUUCCACGAGGAGGACUUCAUGAUCAAACGCAUGCUUGUAUACGCGCCGGAAAGGAAGAUAGAAGUUUUCCAGACCAAGACAGACCUCCAAGGAGUGAACGUUUCCUGCAGAGCCCUCGGGGUCUUCCCAGAGCCCAAGAUGGUCCUUUACAAAGGCAACGACAUCAAGAAAAUGACACUGAUGACGUCAGCAAGCCUAGAGUCGGUGUCACAUGAUGGAGUUUAUGACGUCACCAUUACAGGGUUUCUUCACGACGAGGAGCUCAACUCGCCAGUCAUUGUCGACUGUGAGCUCAGCAUUCCCGAAACCUCCUACACGCGGAGGAAGCUGAUGCACUACUACCCAGGAAGAGCUCUUGCGUGGAUAGCAGAUGACACCAGUGGUGCAGUGCUUCUACGGGUGAACUACUCGGGAAUCGCAAUGUUGUUUGUUCUGUUGAAUUGUUGCUUGAAAUCAUGAUCAAGCAGUGAUUGGACUUUGUGAAGAACUAUUUUUAAUAUUCAUCUGUGCCAUAGAUCACAUAUCUAACCAUAUUUUGGAAUAUAUUGUCUACCAAACAUUGUACUCGUAUAUGUGCUAACAGUAGAGGUUCAACCAAUCUUGGCUGAAAUAAUUAACUACAUAAAAUUUAGAAUUUCUUUAAUUGGAUAGGUGUCAAUUAUUCGAUAAACAUAAUCCUUAGUGUCGACUAAAUAUUUAGAAUCUCUCCACGUUUCAACCAAGAUUGGUAAAAAGCUAACUUGUUUUGAUCUAAUUAACUAAGUUGUUUAUCGUUGAUUAAGCUUUGUCAAGAAAACUAAAUAACGUUUAUGAGAGUUUAUAAUUACGUAUUUAAUAUACUAUUUUCUUGUGCUUUU